UCGAAGCCUCCGGGGGCAGCGCGGUCGUUGGAAGGAAUUGCGCCUAGGUCAAUGGUCGGCAGCAUUCUGCAGGUGAGGCAAGGGGUGGGGAGCUUCGAAUUUUGGCGUUCAUCACACUCCCCACUGCUUUGGCAGCCAUCCUCGGAACACGUGCACCCAUCCUAUUGGCUUGGAUGUUUCUACGAAAAGCCAAACUUUUUUUUUCUCCACUAUAAAAGCGUGGCUGCCGCUGCAGUUAUGAUGCUCGGAAUAUCUUUACGGUGACGCCUCUGCUUUCUCGGUUAGAGAGAGAAGGAGAGAGGGAGAGAGAAGAUCAGGGAUGGAACGAAAAAAAUGAUUGAGAUUAGGGUUAGGGUUUUACUGCAGCUUUGUGGAGAAGAAAGUUAGUUGAAGGAAAAUUAUGGAGCAGGGAGGAAGCUUAUCCGAGCUCAGUAUGGGUUUCAGAGGACUCUAAAGUGGGGGUAUUUCUUUUUCUGAUUUUGGUAAGAGAUGAGUUACGACAGAGAUGAUCAAAAUGAUGGAAUCGAAAAAACGAAGUUUAUGAAUUCUGGACCAAAAAAAGCAACAGAUUCUGUCCAUCCUGGCAGGCCGUCCUUUGACAGCAACUGUACUAUUCCACUUGAGAACUUGGAGAUUGAUAAAAAGCUUUUGAUUGAUCCGAAGAAGCUUUAUAUAGGAUCCAAGAUUGGUGAAGGUGCUCAUGGAAAAGUCUAUGAGGGGAAAUUUGGGGAGCAAGUUUUAGCACUCAAAAUUAUCAAUAGUGGCAACACGAAUGAGGAGAAAAUGACAAUUCAGGCUCGUUUCAUUCGAGAAGUCAAUAUGAUGUCUAGAGUAAAACAUGAAAAUCUUGUUAAGUUCAUUGGAGCUUGCAAGCACCCUAUCAUGGUUAUUGCUACAGAGUUGCUACCUGGGAUGUCCUUAAAAAAAUAUUUGGAAAACAUUAGACCAAACCUGCUGGAUCUUCGUUUAGCAAUUAGCUUUGCAGUGGAUAUUGCUCGUGCAAUGGAGUGCCUUCAUGCUAAUGGAAUAAUACACAGAGACUUAAAACCUGAUAACUUGCUUCUUACUGCGAAUCAGAAAAAUGUGAAGCUUGUAGAUUUUGGAUUAGCGAGAGAAGAGACAGUGACAGAGAUGAUGACGGCUGAAACUGGGACAUAUCGAUGGAUGGCUCCUGAGCUAUACAGUACUGUUACAUUGCGUAGAGGUGAGAAGAAGCACUAUACCAACAAGGUUGAUGUAUAUAGUUUUGGCAUUGUUCUAUGGGAGUUGCUGACCAACCGGAUGCCAUUUGAAGGAAUGUCGAACUUACAGGCAGCAUAUGCUGCUGCUUUUAAGCAAGAGAGGCCAUCCAUACCAGAGGACGCACCUGCUGAUUUAGAAUUCAUCAUAAGAUCCUGCUGGGUUGAGGAACCCAGCAUGCGGCCGGGCUUCAGCCAGAUCAUUCGCAUGCUCAAUUCCUUCCUCUUCACUCUAACACCACCACCUUCUCCACAGCGUGAUGCUUCUCCGGGGGUCAUCAGCAGUAGCAGUGGUCCCCUCUCCACCUCCACCACCACCACCACCACCACUCGCUCCGUUCGAAAACUUUCAUUCCUCCGUCAAUUCUUUCUGACAAAAAGGGCGAGCAAUAGUCGAACAACAUAAGACCCCAUAUCCUUUUUCUGAGAUCUGUAAUACGGAAUACAUUCUAUAUAGUAUUAGAUAUCUGUCACACUGAAAGUGAAAAUACAUGAACUUAGAAGAGGAAAAUUGCACAAAAAUCUUAUGCACCACUACCGCACAAGAGUUAUGAAUGCUUGAUCAUUAUGCAAAUUCUACGUGCAGAGUAUCAUAUGUGGAUCAUCUCAUGGCUAAUGAAUGCCAAAUUUUAAUAGUUCGAGCAAAGUGUAUGGGCUCUGGAAAUUUCUAAUAAAUUUUAGCUGUACCAAUGGUUCAUAUGAUUUUUGUCCAGAAGUAAAGAUUGUAGAAAGCGUUUUUUCCAGCCAAUUGGAUAGGAUUGUAUUCUCCUUAAUUCAUGUCUGGGCUAAUUUUUGUAUAUACGAUAUCAUAGUGCACAAAUUUUCAAGCUUAUUUUCUUAGUUUGCUUUUGGUAUAAAAUCU